UAUUUUUACCCUCCCUCCCCUAGUGCUGUUGCAAAAGUAACCAAUGAUAUUUCCGCUUCCAACAAAACAUUAUUACACUGAAAUUACCUAUUUAAAUAUAAGUAUUCAUCAAUCUAAAAUUAUUUUAACUAUUUUCUCACAUUUGAAAACUUAUAAUAUUAGCUAUCUAGCUAGUUAAUUCAUUCCCGCCAAAACGUACUUGAAGCGUCCCUCGCGGCGUCACAGUCACUUCCCCCGCGACCGUCGCGACGCCUUCACAGACGUCCCCUCGCAGUGCCCAUCAGUUUCCUGAGAUAAGCCUGAAUUUUGAGCCAUGGGUCAAGGAGGUGACGGCGCGAGCGAGGGCAACAUGUGCUGGUCCAUCGUGUGGCUCAUCAUCCUCAUCUUCGUUGGGUUUUGGCUGGCCAGCCUCUGCGCCUUCCUCUACGUCAUCUGCAGCAUCUUUGCCGCGUGCUUUGAGGGUAUGAAUUCUGUGUGCGAGUUCCUGCUGAGGGGGGUGCAGGCAGCUGGGACUUGCGCUAAGCACAUGGUGAAGGGCACACCUAUUGGUGAAGCCUUUAAAUGAGGACUGCAAUCUUCUAGGAGACUUUGGCCCUGCUGCCAUAUGGCAGAAAUACACAUUGGAAUCCAAAGUUCCUAUUGAUCUACUGUAAGUGGAGGUAAACUAGACUUCUGUGAUCUGAGGAAAUAAAAUACAAAGACAAAAUC